UCAGGAACCUCUGAUUGUGACGAACAAAGUCUACACCUGGGAACGAGCAGCAACACCUAAAGGGUUUCCGCGUACGCGCUGAGAGCGGAGCCGCGCCGCUGUCACAGUACAGCCAGUGCCAGACAUGGCGGCGGAGCUACAGCCCGAGUGGAUAUCGUGUCUGCCGUCUACAUGGAGUUACGGGGUCACUCGGGAUGGACGCGUCUUCUUCGUCAACGAAGAAGCCAAGAGUACAACCUGGCUGCAUCCCGUGAGCGGCGAGGCGCUGAUCACCGGCCACAGGAAAACUCCAGAUCUACCCACGGGAUGGGAAGAAGGAUACACGUUUGAGGGGGCACGGUGCUUCAUCAAGUAA